UUGUCCUGUUUACCGGCAGACACCAUGACGUUCCUUCAUGUACCCACCCACUUUUGUGUAUAAAUAUCGAGUGCACCCUGGCCAUUUUCAGUUUGUUGCUCAGACUACGGCGGUCAAGACCCAUAUCAAAACAAUCUUUAUCCUACUGGCACCCAGUCCGUUCGCUUGCUACCUAUCUAGCUGCCGCCCUCGUUCGCUUGUGCAAGUAUGAAGAACCUUGCGACUCUCACAGCUUUCGCUGCGGGGGCUAAUGCCCUUGUCGGCCGGAGCAACUCCUGCUGCUUUCACCUGACGGCCACUGGUGGUGCUUCUGGCACUGUUGGCCAGCUUGGUGAUGGUCAGAACCGCAUCGGCGGUGGACUGCCCGAGACCCAGUUCUGCAUUGACUCCAACGGUGGUAUCACUGAUAGCAGCGGACGCGGUUGUGUUGUGACUAGCUCGACCUCCCAGUUCCAGUGUGAUUUGGGUAAAACCCCUAUGUCGGGCUUCACCAUUAGCUCUUCGGGUGAGCUGGAAUACAAUGGUGAUGGAGACUUUGUUGGCUGCCAGACUGGCGACAACAAUGAGUUGAACAUCUACACUAAUGAGGGCUCGUCCGUGACUGGCUGCGAGGACAUCAAGUUGACGGCUGAUUCUUGCUCGGGCUCUGGUGCCGGUGCUGUUGGUUCUAGCUCUGCUCCAUCUUCGACCCCUGCACCCCAGUCCAGCCAACCGGCUGCUCCAGGCCCAUCCUCUAGCGCUCCUGUUCCUGGCUCUGGUGCCUCGAGUACCUGGGUUCCCGGUGGUCCUGAAUCUAGUGCCUCUGUCCCCGCUGGCCCUGGUCCCCAGUCUAGUGCCUCUGUCCCCGCUGGUCCUGGUCCUCAGUCUAGUGCAUCUGUCCCAUCUGGCCCUGGUCCCCAGUCUAGCGGGCCGGUGCCGGUAACGACUAUCUAUGUGACCGAAACCUACUGCGCUGCAGAGAGCUCUUCUGUGGUGCCUGUUCCCGUUGGUCCUGGGUCGUCUACUCCGGCGGGUUCUCAGCCGGCUCCCUCCGGAUCUCCCGCUCCUCAGCCUUCGGAGACGCCAUCCCCUCCCGAGACCUCCGGCACCCCUGCUCCUCAACCCUCUGAGACCCCAUCCUACCCUCAGUCUUCGGAAACCCCUGUGCCCCAGCCUUCCGAGACGCCUUCCCCCCCUGAGACCUCCGGAACUCCUGCUCAGCCUUCUUCCGAGAGCCCUGCUCCUCAGCCGUCUGAGACUCCUUCCUCUGCCGAGACCUCCGGCACGCCUGCCCCUCAGCCUUCCUCUUACCCUCAAACCUCUGGCACUCCUGCUCCCCAGCCAUCUGGGACUCCCUCGCCUGCCCAGAGCUCUGCGUCUCCCACCAGCCCCCAGGCAUCUGGCACUCCUACCCAGUCGUCCUCUGCCAGCUGCCCAACCGAUCUUUCGGGCGACUAUGAGUACCCUCACUUGAUCAUCCCGGUCAACUCUUCUACACCUGACACCGCCUACGGUACUCAGUACUUCGGCACUGUCUCCUCCACCGUCUCGACCAUCUUCAACUUCGACAUUCCCUCUUCGGACUCUGGAAAGACGUGCAGUCUUAUCUUCCUGUUCCCCACCAAGGCAGAGCUUGAGACCUCCGAUUACACCUUUAGCGGAGAUGGCAAGGUUGACUUCUCUUGGCUCGAGUCUGCUGCCAGCCAGUCGACUACUUACAACAACGCUCCUUCGGUCAAGCAGGACUACGGCGACUUCACCCUCUCGCCCGGCAACUCCUAUCUUAUUUCCUCUUUCUCCUGCCCGGCUGGCCAAACUGUCAGCUACGAGAUGAAGGAAGCUGGUAGCACCUACCUCAACUUCUUCGAGGACUACAACCCCUCACCUCUCGGUUUGUACAUCACCGUCUGCUAAGCUCGUCAGACCUGGUGAUAGAACCCGGCAUCACGCGAACAUGAUUAAUGGACCCGUUAAUUUGAUUGUUUAUUGAAUAUUCUAUUUAGUUUUGAGACAUGGCCAUUCCUUUGAUACUUAACGGAGCGC